GGGGUUGUGACAGCUUCCUGUCACAUGUCCGCUACGUGAUCACAUGACCUCAGUCGAUGAAAAAUGAAAGCUGGGUGCAGCCAGCGAAAGCUUGAAGUGUUUGUUUUUAUUUUUAAUUUAUGUUUUUACGCGAGCUGCCAAGUGAAUAAGCUGCAGAUAUGUAGAUUAUGCAGCGGUACGGUCCCAAAUGCCACAGAAGUGGGACAUUUUUGUUUUAAAUCGGCUGGAACGAUAGACGGGCGCUGCUGUUUGAGCAAUUACAACACAACUGAUCCUGAACACAUCAUCGGGUUGGAUCUAUCCAACUGUUCUCUUGUGCAUGUCGAGGAUCUCCAGGGUGCAUCAACUGCAGUAAUAAUAGACCUCUCACACAAUCCAAUCGUUAACAUCAGUGACACAACUUUUCAAGGAUUUAUUGACUUGAUUUACAUGAUUUUGCCUGAAGAUAUAGUUUGUCCAGGAGGCAACACAUCUUGGGAUAAAGUGUCAGUCAAAGAUGGAAAUCGGGUUUGUCAAGGCCAGAAAAAUAUAUGUAACCAGACUGGACAGCUGUCCACCAACUGUCCAGAGAACUCUCUGUGUGCCCCCUACGGCCCUGGCUUCUUCGAGUGCAGCUGUGCAGACUAUUAUCAUGGAUACAAGUGUCUUAGAAAGGGAGAGUUUCCUGCCCUUCAGGUGUUUGGGCCCCUUGGAGCAUCCACAGUUGUGAUCUCUUUCCUGCUGUGGGUCACCCAGAGGCGUAAGGCCAAGUCCCUCUGAAGCUGAAAUGCGGCUGUGGGACUGAAACGGACUGUUAAGAAGCAAAAUGCUGACCCCAAGGCUUCUGCUUUUACAUUUAGUGGUUUUUUUUAGCUCUUCUUGAAGCUGUUGUGACAUUUAACUUGUUUUUACCACUGUAUAACUGUUUAUUGCACAGCUGUUUAGUUUUAAUGAUUUUUUUUUUACCUACCCAAGUCUGACCAGUAUUUAUGCAUACAUUUUUAAACAUUAACUGAUACAAGAUGUUAAUGAAGAGGUUAUUUUACAAGAGUCUGAAUGUUGCUCAUUAAAAUAUUAGUUAACAAUGGCUGAACAAGUUUACACAAACUAUACCCCCUUAAUCAUAGUUGAGGGAACUAAUUGUAAAUUGUUUAUUGCAUGUUGAACAUGUGUUAUUUAAAAUAAACAAGCUGCAUUUGAUAAGA